CCCUCCGGGGCGCGGAGCGGGAUGAACUCGGGCGCCGGCGGUAGCGGCUGCAGCGGCGGCGGCGGUGACAGGGACGGCACUGGGGCCGCGGAGCGGUCCCGAAGGGGCAGUCCCGGAGAGGAUGGCUUCGCCCCGUCGGCGCUGGGGACCCGAGAGCAUUGGGAUGCUGUCUAUGAGAGAGAGCUGCAAACUUUUCAAGAAUAUGGAGAUACAGGAGAAAUCUGGUUUGGAGAAGAGAGUAUGAAUCGGCUAAUAAGGUGGAUGCAAAAACGCAAGAUUCCAUUGGAUGCUUCAGUGCUUGAUAUUGGAACUGGAAAUGGUGUUUUCUUGGUUGAACUUGCAAAAUUUGGUUUCUCUAAUAUUACUGGAAUUGAUUACUCUCCUUCUGCAAUACAGCUUUCUGGAAGUAUUAUAGAGAAAGAGGGUUUAUCUAACAUUAAGUUGAAGGUAGAAGACUUUUUGAAUCUUUCCACAAAGCUGUCUGGAUUUCAUAUUUGUAUUGACAAAGGGACUUUUGAUGCCAUAAGCCUUAAUCCUGACAAUGCGAUUGAGAAGAGGAAGCAGUAUGUGAAGUCCCUCUCUGGGGCGUUGAACGUGAAAGGCUUUUUUCUAAUAACCUCGUGUAAUUGGACCAAGGAAGAGUUGCUAGAUGAAUUCAGUGAAGGAUUUGAACUUUUCGAAGAGCUGCCAACACCCACGUUCAGCUUUGGAGGCAGAUCUGGAAACAGUGUAACAGCAUUGGUUUUCCAGAAAACGUGAGACUUUUCACUGGACAAAUUCAGUUAGCUUUGUUAAGAAGCUCCACAUCAAAGUUAACCUGACACAGAAAUGCAAGUGCAAAUAAAUGCUUAGUAAGUACACAGGAUGCACAUGUUGAAUAGAUGUAAUGGGUUGGUAAGAAUAUGAACAUGUGAGCGGUUGAGUUUUAGAGACCAACCAAGAAUCAUUUUAAAGUUUUCUUUUGUAUUUGAAAUGUAAAUAUUUUUCUCUUCGAUUAAAAAAAAUUUCCUGUAACUGCUAAAUAGUCAAAAACUUUAAAGCAGUAAAUGAAUUUAUAGAAAGCAUGUAUUCUUGGUUUUUGUGCUUUGGUAAAGUUGAAUGGAAUAUAGCUGCUCGUUAAGAUUUGACGAAACUACUCCAGGGCCAGAAUAAUAA